GUGUGCUCUCUACCUCUGCCUCUAGUCUCUACUCAGUUACUCGUAACUCAGUGUUGUUGAUUGUUGUAACUUUGUAGUGUGAGACCCUGCCUCUGAGUCUGAGACAACUAGACUCUAGCCUAGAGAGUUUGUAGAGAGUAUUAUUAGCGAGUAUGAGUAGGACUUUUUAUUAGGAGUCACAACUGAGUACUGACAGUUCAACUGAUGAAAUGAACAAUUAAGCAAUUUAACAAAGAUAGCUUAUUAUUUUAUUAGGCAGAUUAAUGAAACGGCUUACCAAUGAAACAUAAUGUGUGUAAAUGAUGUAAAUAAAACAGUAUAAUUAUAAUAUUAUAUAAAAAAUGUAAAAUAUAUAAUAAUAGGUUAACUUAACCUAAGCUUUAAUUAUGGUUACCAAGAAUACAAAUGUAAAACUUUCGGAAAUGAAAAUGCUUUCAAUUUUGAUUGAUUGAUUGAUUUGAUAUUUAUAUUGCGCCGGUAUCCAUGCCAUUUUAGCAUGCUCACUGCGCACUGGUCCUCUGAAAUCUAUUUUUUUAAAAAGUUUUUGAUUCUUAAAUGAUUUUUUAUCAUUUACAAUUCCUCUCAAAGAUUGAGGCAAACUGUUCCAUGAUUUUGGCGCCUUCGCUUCAAAAAAACGCACUCCGUACGACUUUUUUCUGUGUUUAUCCACACUAGGAACACUCAGCAAGUACUGUGAUGAAGACCGCAGGCUCUUCACGGAUACAUGUUUAUAAAUCAGUUCCUUGAGAUAUUCCGGUGCUGAGCCAUCUCUGCAGCUGUACGCCAGGGACAGAAUUUUGUUGUUAAUUCGCUCACUCACAGGAACCCAAUGGAGAUCUCGUAGAACUGGGGUGAUGUGGUCAGAUUUUUUCAUCCCCGAUACAAUGCGUGCUGCAGUAUUUUGUAUCUUUUGGAGUCUCUGAAUUUGGUUCUGAGGUAAACCCCACAAACAACUAUUACAGUAAUCUAAUCUUGACUGGAUUAGAGUUACUGCUACAGCAUUGGCUGUUCUCCUAUUGAGUUGAGGACGCAGCUGACCCAGGGCAUGCAGACAGAAGCAUGCCUUUACAACAGAACUGAUAUGGGGAAUCAUACUAAGUAUACUGUCAAUAUAAAAUCCAAAUUAAAUAGGCCCUGGCCUAACCCUAAUAAUAUCAAAACUUUAAUUUUACGUAAGACGUUUUUUUGUCAUUAAAUUAAAAAUUAAUUUAAAAGUAUAAGUUAAAUGGUUUUUAAAUUUAUUUAAAUAUAUGGUUAAUGCCAAAUGAUAGUACUAAUUACUAAUAAUAAGUAACUAUUUUGUAUACUAAGGGGAAGUGUAGUCAGUGAAGUGCAUAAAUUUGUGACUGUGUCACCCACUGACACUGUGUUAGUGUGUAACUAUGUAAAAAUUAAUGUGAGUGACCUGAUUCUUUUAUCCUGUUUCUGAUUACUGUAUAAUAAAAAAAAAUAUUAAUACGUCAAGUAUACUGCAUGGCAUGAAUAAUGAAUGCAUACAUUAAGUUAUAUUAUUAUUAAAAUCAAGAUCAGCUUCAUCGUAGUAUGAUUCAUACUUCUUGCUAUCAUCAAGGUAAGGCAAGGCUUACUAUUACUAAGGCUUAGAGGUGAUACUUCAACUUUAAAUGCCAUAAGCCCUAUACUAAUCAUGUUGUAACCUGUAAAUUAUGCAUGUUUAUUUUAUUCUUUUAUUAGACUAAACAUACUAAUCUCUUGAAAAAGUUUCAAACUUUAAAAAAUUAUGUUUUACAACUACAACAGAAUGAUCACCUACUGUAUUCGCAAAGCCCUGCUGUCCAGUUGGAGAGCAGUAUGUUUAGGAACAGAAUGUGCCAUACAAGACAAAAGUUGUGAUUCCUAUCAGCGCUGUUUGAGCUCUGUAGCCAAGCAUGUCAUGCCCAAGAAGCCAAAAGGUGUAGCAUAUAGAAAGGUACCUUUUCUUCAUAACCUCAUACUUUUUUUUCAGUAUGGCAAAUCCUCUGUAUGAAACAAAAUCAAUAUCAAACAAAUUUAUUCUAAAAUAGUGACAAUUAGCUCUAAAAAGCAUGUAGAAUUAUUUCAUUCAAUCUCAAUGAAAAAUGAAGAUUGCUGUUAGUGGAUAUAUUCAUUGAGAUAAAAGCACAGAUAAAAUAAACUAUUGAACUUGAGAAUUAAGAUACUUUCUUCUUUUAUUCUCCUGUCUUUAUAUUUCAAGCUUCCACAAUCCAUAUUCCACCAUUUCCUUCACACAUCAUGAACACAGUCCAUCAUUUAUUAAGAAAAACAGUGGUUCAAAAUUGUACCUUAAUCAAGAAGAACUAAAAUGAUUUUUGACUUGAAAUUUUUAAAAAAUGAAACAGCCGACUGUUAAUUUUUAUCUCAUGCCAAGUUAAUUACUCUUCAAUGGCUGAGGUUUUUUCAUUCUGCGCAUUCCUCCUGCCCAAAAAUAGCUGCUGCAGUACUGGGCUGAUGAAUCGGUGAUAAGAUACUAAACCUCACUUUUAUGAAGCAGACAUGCUGAAACAAUCCUUUUUCCUAUGAUGAAAAAGCAAUGUUGUGCAACCAUAGUGUAAUUGAUGGGGAUGGGGAUUAUUAUCUUAAGUAUAUUAUUCAGAAAUUCUUUGAAAAGAAUUUAAAAAAUAAAAUAAUUAUUAUCAAGUAAAAAAGUACACUAUUUUCUACUGUUUCAAUUCUAUACGUAGGCUCGCCAUUUUGUAGAUUUCAUAGAAGUUCAGGUGUCUGGAGGAAAAGGAGGAAAUGGCAUGUUGUCUUUCUUGUCCCUUCCAAAGCGUGAAUGGGCGGGGCCUGAUGGUGGUAACGGUGGUAAUGGAGGACAUGUUAUAUUUAAAGGUUGGUUGUAUUUUAUUAUAAAGGCUUAAAUAGUUUUACCACUGUAGCUUAUACGUCAUUUCAGGUCUACAUGUUUUAGCUUCGCUUAAAUUUUAAAAAGAAAUCUUCAAAUUGUUUUUUGGGUGGCAGAAUAUGAAGACAUCAGUCAAGCAUUUGAAUAUUUAAAUACCAGCCUGGGCAAAAAAAAAUUAUUUGGCACUGACAGGUUUGCAGAAUGAUUUUCAAAUCAGUAACUUCCUUUCUCCCUCACACCCUCUCAAGAAAUAUGUUACAUUAAACAAACAACUAUCUCUGAGUGUGGGGAAUAUCAAAGGCUAAGGAAAUCAUCUCUUAUAUAUAAAAACUUGGAUGGAAAACCCAAAAGUUCAGAUUCUGCCAUGUAAAAUUAUGCAAUACUCAUUUUCAAAUCACUGAAAUAUAAUAUUUUAAUGCCUGGCAAGUGUAGAUCUCAAUUCUCGUACUUCAAAGUAAUUGUCGGGGAAAAAAAAGGGGGAGGGGUGUUGGGUUGUGUGUCAUUAAAUUAGUAGGUUAAUGAAAAGUUUUAAAUAAAAUAAUUGCUUGGCAUUACAUAAUUAAGACCCCUAACUACUUGGGUAAGCUUUUGAAUACCUUGCUGAUGUGAAGAAAAAAACCUCCCACGAAAUUUAAAUAAGCCAGUAAAAAUUUCUUUUAUUUUAAUUUUUAUGAUAAUCCUUUGCCAUAAUCCACCAUCCUCACACGCUGAAAUAGCAAAUUGAUAGAUGUCUGAUAAUAAUUAGUAAAUAUACAAUAUUUUUUGUUAUUAGCCAGUCAUAGCACUAAGUCAUUAUCCCACCUAAAACCUGUGGAAGUUGCACCUAAUGGUACGAAAGGAGGCACAAAGCAGAGAGAUGGGAAAAAUGCAGAUCAUCGGUUUAUUGAGGUAAAUGCUAGUAUUUUAACAAAAUAAUUUUUUAUAAGAGGAGCGUCAUGACAUGAAGCUCAGUACAUUUCCAUGAUCAUCUGGGACAGUUAAAUUUAUUUCCUCUAUUUAGAAAGGAUUUCAUUAUCGAAUUUCCUCCAAAGAAGAGUUAUAUAUCAAACUUAGAUAUUGACAUAGGAUGUAAGUCUUACAGGUGCACAGGAACAAACUAUUGUGCUACUGUCAUGAUGUAUGUAGUGUAAUGUGGUAUGGCAGAGUAACAAAAACAGUGAAAAUGUUUCCAUAACAUAAUUUCUGAAGGGAUUAAUGAUACUAAGCUUUUAAAAAGUUCAAGAUAAUAGUUGACAAUUUAUUUCCAUCUUUGCCAACACAAAGAGUUCUUAUAUUUUAAAUUUUCAUUAAACCACUUAUACUGUUCUAUUAUUGAUUAACAGCAAGAAAGUUAAUUUGAAAGCUAGAUCAGAUUUAAUACAACUAUUUAGGACUGUAAUUGCCCCAAAGGCAGAAAGUAAGAAAAAUCAUAUACUGUAUAUAUGUAUAUUAUAGUUGUCCUAGAGUAACCGUUUAAAAAAAAAAAAUUGAAGUCUCAUUUAAACGCCAAUGCUAACAAUUAAAAAUAUUUAGUAUUUUAUAUUGAAGUUUCUCUAGCAGCACAUUUUGCAUUAAUAAUUUAUAUUAAUAUUAACCAGGUACCAUUGGGAACACUGAUCAAGUCUGAGGAUGGUCAAGUUCUUUCUUCGUUAGACAAUGAUGGAGACGUGUAUGUGGCUGCUCGUGGUGGUGCAGGCGGGAAAGGGAACUAUUUUUUCUUAACCAAUGAAAACCGAGCGCCCGCAGUGGCUGAGUUGGGGGCAACAGGCCAAGAAAGAAAACUGUUUGUUGAACUGAAGACCAUGGCCCAUGCUGGACUGGUGAGUCAUCUCCCUUUUAUCCUCAUGUUCAUUUAUUAGUGCCCUUUUUCCUCCAGUACAUCCACUAAGGUUUUCACAAUUUUUUUAUAACUUGUUCAUGGGGAUAAAAUGAUGUGGAACUUUAAAUACUGCAUUUAUAACAGUUUGCUUUAAGCAUAGAUCUUCCUUGAUGCUCAAGAUAUUCAAGGGGAAAAAUUAAAUAAUGUUUCUUUGCACAACACUAGCUAUUCACUAACUUCUAUUAUCUAAAAAUAAGAUAUCUCAAGUAAUUUUGCCAUACAUAAUAAUAAUGUGAACAAUAGAUUUUUAUGUAAUUAUUUCAUUUUACAUAUAUAUAUAUAUCCAUCCAUCCAUCCCUGUGGCGCUACAGCCCAUGUAGGGCUUUGGCCUGCCUCACCACUUCCUUCCAGUCAGACCUAACUAAUACCUUUCUUUUCCAAGCUUGGACUUUCAGCUGCUGUAGAUUUUUUCUACAUCAUCUAUCCAUCUAAGCCUAGGUCUGCCUUUGAGCCUUUUUACUCUGGGGUAUUGGUGAUGCACCCUCUUCGUUCCUCUGUCGUAUGGUAUUCUCUCUAGGUGUCCUGCCUACUCUUUUUAUUGCUGCCACUAUCGUGGGAUCCUGAUAUAGACUGUAUAAUUCAUGGUUGGUUUGUAUUCUCCAUCCAUAUUCAUAGUUUGUUGACCCAUAUAUUUUCCUGAGAACUUUCCUCUCCCAUGUGUUUUAUAGGUUUUCUGCUGUUUUUGUUAGGAUCCAAGUUUCACUUGCAUAUGUUACAACUGGUCUGAUCAGUUUUAUAAAUAGUUUUCUUUGUUUCUCUUGUAAUGUUUUUACUUUUGAGUAUUUUCUGACUACUGAAAUAUGCCCUGUUUCCGGCUGAUAUUCUUUCUUUUAUUUCUGUUAGUAAUUCGUUUCUUUCAUUUAACAAGGAUCCUAGGUAUUUGAAUUGAUUUACUUUUUCAAAAGUUUGGUUUCUAAUUUUAAUUGUUUCAUCUGUUUGUUCCUCUCUUAUCAUGGUCAUGUAUUUUGUUUUUUGGUUGUUAACUUCCAGCCCUGCUUUUAGAGAUGCAUCUUCUAAUUCAAUAAAGGAUUUUGAUAUGUCUUUAAUACUUUUCCCUAGAAGUGCUAUGUCAUCAGCAUAUGCAAGAUACUGAAGUGGUUGGUUGUAGAGUGUGCCCGUUGGUUGUGGGUCUUGAGUUUCCCUCAAAAAGUAUCCUGUUAUUGUUCCUUGAGAGUCAAUGUGUAUGUUUGCCUUGAGACUUACGGAAAGCGCACUUUCGUAUUUGCUGGUCCACUAAUUUGGAACGCCCUUCCUGUCGAUCUCAGAAACAACCAGACACUGGAGUCCUUUAAAACCGAUUUAAAGACACAUCUAUUUCGCAAACACCUUCUGGGAUGAUUGUCAACAUUAUUUUCCAGUUAAUGCAUAAUGGCUGUGUUGCUUAUGGUUGAAAUGGCUAGAAAGACUUUGCCAUUGUAUGCUUGUACUUAGUUUUUGUCGUGUUGCGUUUGUUUUAAAUGUGGUAAACUAUAGAUUUGUUUUUUUUUUACUUUGUACCGCGCUUCGAGCCUUUGGGGAUGAAGCGUGUUUUUGAAAUGAACUUUAUUAUUAUUAUUUAUUAUUAUGUUUCUAAUAACUCUCUUUAAUGUUAGGUUAAAGAGCAUACAAGACAGUGAGUCUCCCUGUCUUAGGCAUCGUCUAAUAUGAAAUUCCCUUGAAUAUUCUCCUUGAAUCUUGAUUUUGCUUUUUGAAUUGUUUAGUGUUACAUGUAUUAGUCUUGUCAGUUUGUUGGGUAUCCCAAACUCCUGCAGUUUCUUUUGAUGCUGUCUUUUGAUAAAUCUUCUAUUUCCUUUUCCCAUUCCCUCUUUUUCUUCCUACACAUUUUUGUUGCUUUCCUUCUAGCUUCCUUGUAUGUUUGUGUUGUCUUUCUGGUUUCCCUUUGUAACAUGAUCAUUCGUGCUUUGUUUUUUUCUUCCAUAGUCUCUCUGCAUUCAUUGUCGAACCAGCCUACUCUAUUGUUGACUAGCUGAAAUCCCACUACUUUUUCUGCUGAUCUAUCCCACUGAUCAUUUAUGUUGUUUUCCCUGUUUACUUCCUCGUGUGAUGCCUAUAAUUGUGCUUCUACUUCAUUCUGGUAAGCUUUUGCAGUUAAUGGGUCUUUGGGCAGCUUUUGGUAAUCGUAUCGUUUCUCUCUUUGAUUAGGACCAUUGUGAACUAAGCUUAUCCUCUGCCUAUAUUUCACCCUUACAAGUAGAUGGUCCAAGUCCGCAUCUGCUCCUCUAAGGCUUCUCACAUCUAAUAUAUCUGAUCCAUGUCUCCGAUCUAUUAAAACAUGAUUGAUUUGAUUGCGGGUGAUUCUAUUUGGUGAUUUCCACGUAGCUUUAUGUAUAUUUUUGUGCGGAAACUUAUUGCUGCUGUCAUCCCUUUUUCUACCGCAAAGUCUAUGAGUCGGAUCCCAUUGUCAUUGGAUUCUUCAUACAGACUUUCCUUUCCAAUAGUUGGCAUGAACACCUUUUCUUUUCCUAUUUUGGCAUCUAAGUCUCCAAUCAUGGGCGCCCGCUGAAAACUUUCUAGGGGGGAGGCAAAAAAAAUCGAUUAACUUUCCAGGGGGGGGGCAAAAAUUUUUUAGUAAUGUUUUAAUGUAGUUUUAAUUUAAUUAGCGUAUUUGUAUGGUGAACGAACGGACAGGACAUCAGCUUAGUUAUUUUCUCUUUAUUUUCUCUUUACUUUAAUACAUUUUUGUCUAUUUUUGUCUAAAAAAAUUUUUAUCCAAUCAAUCGGGGGGGGGGGGGGGGAAGUGCCCCACCUUCCCCCAUUUUUUUUUUUUUUUUUGUUUUUUUUUUUUUUUUUUUUUUUUUUUUUUUUUUUUUUAAAAAAAAAAUUCUAUACGCUGGUGGGGGGGGGGGGGGGGGGGAAGUGCCCCACCUUGCCCCUACCUGCGGGCGCCCAUGUCUCCAAUCACUAUUUUAAUAUCAUGUUGUGGUGCCUCUUUGUAGAUCUUUUCUAGUGUCCCAUAUAAGGAUUCUUUAUCCUAAUCUUCCGUGUCUUCUGUUGGAGCAUGUACAUUUAUGAGUGUUAUAUUGAACAUUUUUCCUUGCACCCGCAAAGAACACAAUCUUUCGUUUUCUGGUUGGAAGCCUAUGACUGCACUGACCGCUUCUUUUUUCACGGCGAAUCCUGUUCCUAGUGUGAUGGUAUUGCUACCACUAUAAAAUAUGGUGUAUUCUUUUGUUUUGAGGAUGUCUGAAUUUUUCAAUCGAAUUUCUUGCAAUGCAGCAAUAGAUAUUUUAUUUUUGACCAGCUGAUUUACAAGGUUGGCUAAGGCUCCUGCUCUAAACAGGCUCAGUACAUUCCAAGUCGCAAUCCAAAAAUCAUGUCCAUAUCCAUGCAUAGGUCGAUUUCCAUUGGUAUCAGUCCGAGUUUUGUUCUGUUGCUUGGCUUUCGUAACGUUAAAUUUUUUACGUGGCCUGGUUCUUAACCCUGCGCACAACCGUCUGGGAGGUUGCCCCUUACAGCUCUCUGGAUAGCUGCCUUAGUUUUUGGGUAAGAUUCCUUAGCCUUUGUGGAUCCCUCGACUUCCUACAAAGCAGUAGGUUCUGAUUUUGGUCCGCCCCAGGUAAAUUAUUUCCCUGGUACCCUCCAUAUCUGGUGGGCUUUCCCCUAUCCGCCACCUGGGGAGGCGCUCGAUGGAAGAUCAGUAUCUCCACACGAGAUAUCUAUAUCUAUAUAUUAUAUAAUUUAAUAAACUGAGCGGGGUGUCAAUUAAUUAUGUCUAGAAUUUUUAAGCAAUUUUUGUACCCCCCCUCCCCCUUGUCAACAACUGUCAAACUUUCAUUGACAACCCCCCCCCCUUUUUUUUUCCUAAAACAGUAGAUGUUAAAAUGAAUUACUUGUACUUUGUAUUGCUCUACGUAAAUGACAAAAAAGGUACAAUUAUAAAUAAGAAAACACAUUUUUUUAUCUUUUACUUGUUAAUUAAGUAAAAUUUUAUAAUAAAGAAUCACUUAAUAGAUUGUUAAGAAUUAAAUAUCAUUGUUUUGGACGUAUAAAUAUGAUUAUUGUCAGUACAUUUAGCUGCUACUGCUGUCAUCUUCUUAUAGAGAAGCUAGAUUUUCCUCUAUUGUUACAAUGGGCAAGUAGCUGAUUUAUCGUUUACAUCUUGCGGAAUUGAUACACCCGACAAAUCAACAUCGUCUUCAUUCAGCACUUUGUGGAAAAGGAAAGGGGGGGGGGUAAUUUCUUAAGCUCGGAUACAUUGUGGGUGCUGUUACAGCAUAUUUAACUAAUAAGGCAUCUACUUUUGCAGAAAAAUUAUCCUUUUUCUUUGAGUCGUUAAAAAUUGUGAAUACUUUUUUUGUUUUGUUACUAUCAUGUUAAGGCUUACUUGGCCAACCCAAAGUUAUCAUGUCUAAACUCCUGCACAUGUCCCCUUACUAGGAGAACACACAUUUUCUUUUAAUGGUCACCAAGAAAUCUUGCUGGUUUCUGGGAUACACAUAGCUGAAUUCAACCAUUAGGUUGUUACACAUAGCUGAAUUCAACCAUUAGGUUGUUACACAUAGCUGAAUUCAACCAUUAGGUUGUUACACAUAGCUGAAUUCAACCAUUAGGUUGUUACACAUAGCUGAAUUCAACCAUUAGGUUGUUACACAUAGCUGAAUUCAACCAUUAGGUUGCUACACAUAGCUGAAUUCAACCAUUAGGUUGUUUCACAUAGCUGAAUUCAACCAUUAGGUUGUUACACAUAGCUGAAUUCAACCAUUAGGUUGUUACACAUAGCUGAAUUCAACCAUUAGGUUGUUACACAUAGCUGAAUUCAACCAUUAGGUUGUUUCACAUAGCUGAAUUCAACCAUUAGGUUGUUACACAUAGCUGAAUUCAACCAAUUGGUUUUUACACAUAGUUGAAUUCAACCAUUAGGUUGUUACACAUAGCUGAAUUCAACCAUUGGGUUGUUUCACAUAGCUGAAGUCAACCAUUAGGUUGUUACACAUAGCUGAAUUCAACCAUUUGGUUGUUACACAUAGCUGAAUUCAGCAAUUAGGUUGUUACACUUAGCUGAAUUCAACCAUUAGGUUGUUUCCUCCUGGUGUACGCAACAGGAUUUAACCAGUUGGUCAUUUUCUUACCUUCUCUACUGUUACAGAUUGGCUUUCCAAAUGCAGGCAAGUCCAGUCUCCUGAGAGCAAUUUCCCGUGCCCAGCCAGAAGUGUCAGCCUAUCCCUUCACCACUCUCAAUCCUCAUGUGGGCAUGGUACUGUAUGAGGACCAUGAACAAAUUGCUGGUUAGUAUCAUUAAACUUUGCUGAUUUUAAUGCAGUGGAUUAACCACCAAAGGGGACCCUCCUACACAGCAGAAUAUUAUCUAAAUGAUUGACAGUGGUUUUUUUUUAAAGUUUUAAUUUUGAAGGAGCAAUUCUUGCAUCUCUUUCAUCUAUCAAUUGAUCCAUCUACUUAUCAUCUAUCUGUCUGUCUAUAUAUCCACCUAUCCUUCUAUCCAUUGAUCCAUCUAUCUGUCUAUCCAUCUAUCUAUCUCUAUCAAUCUAUCUGUCUGUCUGUCUCAGGUCUGUUUUUCUCUUUCUCUCUCUCACUCUCUUUCUUACUCUCCCCUUCUCUCCCUUUCUCUCUCUCUCUUUCUGACUCUCCUUUUCUCUCUCUAUCUCUUUCUCUCUCUAUCCCUUUCUCAUUCUCUCUUUCUCACUCUCCCCUUCUCUCCCCUUCUCUCUCUCUUUCUCACUCUCCUUUUCUCUCUCUAUCUCUUUCUCUCUCUAUCUCUUUCUCAUUCUCUCUUUCUCACUCUCCCCUUCUCUCCCUUUCUCUCUCUCUCUUUCUCACUCUCCUUUUCUCUCUCUAUCUCUUUCUCUCUCUAUCUCUUUCUCAUUCUCUCUUUCUCACUCUCCCCUUCUCUCCCUUUCUCUCUCUCUCUUUCUCACUCUCCUUUUCUCUCUCUAUCUCUUUCUCUCUCUAUCUCUUUCUCAUUCUCUCUUUCUCACUCUCCCCUUCUCUCCCCUUCUCUCUCUCUUUCUCACUCUCCUUUUCUCUCUCUAUCUCUUUCUCUCUCUAUCCCUUUCUCAUUCUCUCUUUCUCACUCUCCCUUUCUCUCUCUCUCUUUCUGACUCUCCUUUUCUCUCUCUAUCUCUUUCUCUCUCUAUCCCUUUCUCAUUAUCUCUUUCUCUCUCUCCCUUUCUCUCUCUUUAAUUUAAUCAUGGUUCUGGCAUUUUUGUGUAUUUCCAACUGGAUGCAAUCAAUUUUUUUUUUAUACUUUCUGUAAAAUAAGUUAAUAUAUGGCUCAGCAGCUUAGACUCCACCAUGCGAUGUUUGCUUUGGUUAUUGUCCAUGUCAGUGGUUUUCUUCUCUAAUGAUUGUCUGUUCCCAAACUACUAACCAGAAAGUGCAUGUGUUGACUUAAAGUAUUGUUUGAUCAUUAUAAUUUAGGACUAUCCUUGAUCUCCAUAUUCAAACCCAAUGCUAAAUUGAAAAAAAAAAGGCUUAUGCUUUCAAUCACAUCAACAGUUGCAGACAUACCUGGGCUCAUCCCCGGAGCCCAUCAGAAUAAAGGUUUGGGAAUCUCAUUUCUGCGCCACAUCGAGCGAUGCCUGUGCCUAAUCUACGUCAUCGAUCUUUCCAUCGAAUGCCCUCUGGAACAACUCAACCACUUGAAGUACGAGCUUGAUCAGUACCAGCCUGGCCUGUCACUGAGGCCAAACCUUUUGAUCGGGAACAAAAUUGACCUGCCUGGUGCUGAGCAAAAGCUGGAAGACUUAAAGAGACACGUGCAAGGCAUGGACGGCUGUGUGGAGACAAGGCCUCGAGAGAUAUCUCAAAUGCCCGUGUUAGGGGUCUCAGCCAAACAUCUCAUUGGCAUUGAUGAGUUGCUGUAUCAGCUAAGGGUUAUGUAUGACGCGUACAAGAAAGAUGAAAAACCGAUAUAAUGUAUGCCUCACGUAAUUUUGUUCAUGUCAAGCCCUGUUUGCUGUAUUGAUGCUGUUGUUUGAAAUAAAUUCAUGACAGCUUUUAU